GCCCAAAUAUUUAUAAUUUUAUACCUGAUUCCUGAACCUCAGAACCUAAUACGGUGAGGUGAGCAGUUGAGACUUGAGAGAGGCGGAGAGCAGAGAAUCAGAGAGAGGCUGAGGAGGCGGAGGAGCUUCAAGCUUGCUUCCUUGCUUGAGCCUUGAGCUGUUGUCUGUUGAGCGAACAGUGGAGACUGGAGACUAGAGAGAGGCGGAGAGCAGAGAGACUAGAGAGAAAGGUUUGCUCCUUUCUGAAGAAACUUGCUCCUGCUUCUUCUCUCUUGCUUGCUCUUUUUUCUGCCAAUUUACUCACAGGAGUCCUUAAUGGCAGAUUCGGGUGAAAAUCAACAGCCUGAACAAGUCUGCAACUUUUUCAGAAAGCCGUUAAGGAAUAAAAACAUCAGAAAAAGAACAGUUGAUGAAGAUGAAGAGGAUGAUUCAAAAACAGAAGGCUCAUUCUUACAUAGUCAAAAGAAAACCAUAAAGCCUGACAAUAAGCUGUAUUUUUCGACUGGAUCCUCUAAGAACAAAACGUCUACUGAAGCAAAGGAAGAAUCUGAGAAGCCAAUUUUUCAGUUUGAGUCUUCAAGGGAAAUUCAAGUUGAACAUGAUAGCAGAGCGACAGCAACUCUAGAAACUGAGACCGAUUUCUCAAGAGAUGCCCGUGCAUUGCGUGAGAGAUCUCUUAAGCAAGCAGAGGAGGCUUUGAAGGGGAAAGGAAAAAGCUCUGGGGAUGAAAAGUUGUAUAGAGGAAUUAAUGGAUAUACUGAUUACAAGGCUGGUUUCCGAAGAGAGCAAACAGUUGCUAGUGAGAAAGCUGGCGGAGCACAUGGGCCUUUGAGGGCUUCUGCUCACAUAAGAGUUUCAGCGAGAUUUGAUUAUCAACCGGACAUAUGUAAGGAUUACAAAGAGACUGGUUACUAUGGGUAUGAAGAUUCUUGUAAGUUUAUGCAUGAUCGAGGGGAUUACAAGUCUGGAUGGCAAAUGGAGAAGGAGUGGGAUGAAGCAGAGAAAGUAAGGAAGAGAAAUCUCGCUUUGGGAUUAGAUGAUGAGGAUGAUGGUGGUGUAGACCCUGGUGAGGAAGAUGAUGAUGAUGAUUCGUUGCCCUUUGCAUGUUUCAUUUGCAGGCAGCCUUUUGUUGAUGCUAUUGUAACCAAGUGCAAGCACUAUUUCUGUGAGCAUUGCGCAUUAAAGGUAUCCGCAAAGAACAAGAAAUGCUUUGUUUGCAACAAACCUACUCUUGGCAUUUUCAAUACAGCUCAUGAGAUAUGCAAAAGGAUUGCUGCAGAGGGUAAAUAAUAGUCGCUUGGUUGUUCGUCGUGCUCUUUGGUUUGUAACUUAUUGGAAUGAAUUUUUUUUUUUUUUUUUUUUGGUUAGCAUUUAAAGAGGAAGUUUCCUUAUCAGUCUCUUUUUCCUAGAAUGUCUGGCAAAAUUCUCUUUAACUAGAGAUCUUACUGAAGGAAAGCAAUUUAAGUAGGAGUACUAUUGUAGGUUUCUGCAGAAUUUAAUUAGUAUUGGGUAUCUGAGAAAGCAAACAGAUUUGCUCAGUUUCCUAUUUGGAACAAUUUGUUUAAUUAGGUGGAGAGUGCUUCAUACAUUGGAUCCAAAAGGACACAGGUCAUGACAUUGAAGUUUCUUUUUUGUUUUUGUUUUCUAUGAUCCUGAUUUAUACGUCUUAACCUGAUAUGUAAGAAACUUUUAUGAUAUUUCAUAUUAGCUUUAAUAAGUAAAUAGACUUAACAUAUUAGUCA